AUGCAGACACUGGAGCACAUCCAAAAGUAUCAAUCUGCUCUGGACAGCACCCACAGUCCUAUUAGUGUUGGACCACGGCGUAUCUUUUAUCUUGAUCUCAAAUAUACCCGACACGAAAUCGUGGUUGCAUUUCUCGAUCUUAUCCCCGAAAACCGUCAGGAAGGAGUUGGCCAGCUCACGGGGGGCAUUGAUGAGAUGAAUCAGGUCCUCUGA